CGACUUGGUCUGGCGGUAACUGGGGAUCCCCAAAGAAAGGAAACCAGGGCCCUGGCUGCUGGGGUGAAGGCACAGGCCAUGAAAAGGAAUGACAUCAUUGACUUCAAGGCUUUGGAGAAAGAGCUGCAGGCUGCACUCACUGCUGAUGAGAAGUACAAACGGGAAAAUGCUGCCAAGUUACGGGCAGUGGAACAGAGGGUAGCUUCCUAUGAGGAGUUCAGGGGUAUUGUCCUUGCAUCACAUCUGAAGCCUCUGGAGCAGAAGGACAAGAUAGGAGGAAAGAGGACUGUGCCCUGGAACUGUCACACUAUUCAGGGAAGGCCCUCCCAGGAUGAAACCACUGAAAUCUCCCCGGUAGAGCAGCUGGAGGAGCUCUGUACUCUCUUUCCUUCAUUUGCGAUCCAGGAGAAAACGCUCCUCCAGCCCGAGACCUCGGCUGAGUUCUACCGUGAUUGGCGGCGAUACUUGCGGAGUGGGCCAGAGCGCUACGAGGCCUUGCUGCAUCUCGGGGGCCCAAAGCUGGGCCGCCUCUUCCAGAUGGAUGUGGGGUUUGGACUUCUAGGGGAGAUGCUGAUGGCACUGGCUGAUCACGUGAGGCCAGCUGACCGGUGGGUGGUGCUGGGGAUCCUGCGCAGCCUGGCCAGCACUGGCCGCUUCACCCUGAACCUGAGCCUGAUGAGCCAUGCGGAGAAAGAGAGCUGCAGAUCCUUGUUUCAGAAGCUGCAGGCCAUGGGCAUCCCCAGCCUGGAGGGGCGGGGUCUGGGGGAGCAGCCUGGUGGGCUCCAGGAGGAGGAGAGUCUUCUGCAAGAGCUGCUAAGGCUGUAUCACGUGGACUGAUGGGACCAGUUACCUUCAGAGGCCCCCAGUGGCCACUGGAGGCAUUUUUUUGUUGUCUCGAGGGCUCUGCAGGACUGUAGUGAGAAGCCCACACCUAAUUCCCUUCUGGUCUUGGAAUUUUCACAACAAAAGCAGUAACUGAAUUUUCCCUUUUCCUCCAGCCUCUUGGGGGCUCCAUAUUCUGAACUGUGUAGAUCCACAGGAUGGUCAAGGGCCCAAGAAGUUGAAAGACUUUUGCUUCCCACCCUUAGAGUCUGCCAGUCUGCUAGCCCAUGGCCCUGAGAGAUGGGUGUGAACCCAACCAAACACUGGUACCACCAGUUAUAGCCUCCACUCAAAAAAAGUAAAAAGCAAAAUUGUUAAUCUUCCAUGAUAAAUUAGUACUGAUCUCCAUAGCUCUUAACAAGAGUAUUUGUAACUGGAAACCAACAGAAUGGACAUUUAAUCAAUAAAUGAUCAAAUGCUACCUCAUUUGAGGUGCAGUAUUUUUCUCCAGGGGCUGAGUUCCCCUGCAGGUUGGGCCUGGGAAAGCCCCAAGCCAUCAGCUCAGGCCUGGCCAGCCUCCCAGGCAUCUUCAGAUGGCCAGAUGUGCAGGUAGGAAGGUUUCCUUCAACUCCUGGAUUAACCAAAGGGAGGACCUUUCCACCAGGCAGGCAGGGCAGGGCCUGGAACAGAGAGGCAGAGAUUUCCCUGUCCUGGUACCUGGGCCCUUGCUUCUCAUUCUGGCUUCCCCUGACCCAUUCUUGAGUGAGUGCCAGUGUUCUAGAAAGGGGAGAAAGGGCCAGGUUCUAGAAUGGUUUUCUCUCAAGAUC